UCUCGCCGUGCAUGGAGUACACGAUGAAUUGGCUUGUUGGGUCUCUCACUGUACGAUAUCUCUGCUGUGGGAUUGAUAGAGAGAAUUAUCAACCCAACAAGGCGUUGUUGGACCUGUUGCUGUACAGUCUACACACAAGAUCAUUUUUACUCGCCCGCCUCCGGCCCCAUCAUCCCUCCAAUUUCCAGUUUUGUCAGCUAAAUUUGUGAUUCUAGCCUAACUUUGAAUACAAUUGUGAUCUUUGGCUUCAACCAGCUGCAUACAUCAUAAGUUGUCGGAACAGUUAUCAUAACAAAUUGUGAAUAUGUCCACUCUUAGUGUUGAUUUGUCGGAAGGUGUGUCUUACGAGGAGGUCAAGGGUCCAUUGAUUGACAAGCUGACAGCUUCCCAAAAAGAAUUCACAAAUGGCUUUAUCCGACUCCAUCCCUACAACCAGGUAUUCCCUCGAGAGUUCCUUCGGUUUGAGAAACGACUCAAGAAUUUUGAAAUCAGAGACCAGGAUAUUUGGGUUGCUAGCUUCCCAAAAUGUGGAACUACGUGGACUCAAGAGAUGGUAUGGAACAUCGUUCACAAAUUGGACUUCGACACUGCCAAGAAAGUCACUUUAGACGAUCGCGUACCCUACUUCGAGUUGUCAAGUAUUGUUGGAGAAGCCGUGACUGACGAAUUUGAAGAUAGUCUUAAGAAGGUAAAAGAAAUAACAGUCGACCCUCGAAUCAUCAAGACACAUUUGUCUUUUGACAUGCUGCCCAAUCAAAUCAUGGAGAAACAAGCCAAGGUCAUUUAUGUGACAAGAAAUCCAAGGGAUACGGCUGUUUCCUACUACAACCAUUGGAAGGUUCUUGAAGGCUACAAAGGAUCUUUUGAGGAUUUUAUGGAGUUGUUCCUAACUGAUGUUUGUGGUUAUUACACACCCUUUGUGGGUCACGUUUUGAGCUAUUGGAAUCAAAUUCAUCACUCCAACAUCUGUUUCAUCACCUAUGAAGACAUGAAGAAGGAUCUUGGAGGGGUGAUCCGAAAAGUGAGCAAAUUCUUGGAAUCCCCGGUGAGCGAGGAAGACGUCUCCGCUCUCGAAAAACAUUUAUCAUUCGAUUCCAUGAAGAAGAACAAGGCCGUCAAUAAGGCUGACUUUGUAGAGAGAUGCAACAAGGCCUUUGGAGUUGAUUCGGACCCCCAAGGUUUCAUGAGAAAAGGCCAAACGGGUAAUUGGCGGCUUCACUUCACUCCAGAAUUGGAGGAAAAGUUCAUCGAUUGGGAACAAAAAUGGCUAAAAGAUUCCGACUUUAAAUUUGUCUAUGACCUAUAAAUUGUUUUCCACCUAAGAAACAAAUGAAUAUCACCCAUAUCUCUCGGUGGCAAUAUGCAUUUUGAAAUAAAUGAAUAACUGCAC